AUGGCGACAAAACAUUAUUUCCCCGACACAGCUGCGAAUACGCUCGUCCCAAGAGCUCUGCGCGCUCUUGUAUCGGCAAACCCUCAUCUCACUCUCAGUGAGGCAGAACGUGUCGUUGCAAACUCUCACAAUGAUCGGUCGACCGUAAGCAUCAUCGGCGGUGGCGGCUCAGGUCACGAGCCGGCAUGGAGCGGGUUCGUCGGCGAAGGUCUCCUCUCAGCAGUCGCAUGCGGCGACAUCUUCGCCUCGCCGAGUACAAAACAAGUUCUUGAGGCGAUGAGGCUGGCGCCUUCUGAUGCGGGGACUAUCCUUCUCAUCACCAACUACACUGGUGAUAGGCUUCACUUUGGACUCGCUGCGGAGAGGGCAAAAGCCUCUGGUUUGUCCGACAAAGUUGUUGUUCUCCCUGCUACGGACGAUGUUUCCAUUGGCAGGAGCAAGACUAUGAAGAUCCUCGGUGCGGCAGCGGCUGAGAAGUAUUCUUUUGAACAGUGUGUAGAGAUCGGCAAGGCCGUCAACGACCAGACUGUCUCGAUAGGCUCAGCUCUAGAUCACUGCCAUGUUCCAGGACGUCAAUAUCACUCUGUUGCAGAAGAUGUCUGCGUUGUUGGUGCUGGCAUCCACAAUGAGCCAGGCCAACAGCUCAUUACCCCUUUUCCAUCAGUAAACGAUCUCGUGGACAGGAUGCUGAAGCUCUUAUGCGACCCUAAUGAUACGGAAAGAGCCUUCGUGUCGUUUGAGAACGGAGAUGAAGUCACUCUUCUCAUCAACAACUACGGCGGACUCUCAAUUUUGGAGCUUGGCGCACUCACGGAUGAAGUACAGACUCAGCUGGCGUCGACCUGGUCAAUUACCCCCAUACGAACACAAGUUGGUACCUUUGAAACGUCUCUCAACGCGCCUGGGUUUUCCAUUUCACUCUGCAACAUUUCGGCUGCAGCACGGCAGUGCAAGUCAGCAGUUACCGAGCUGCUCCAGCUUCUCGAUCGUCCCACGAGUGCAGUUUACUGGCCGAAUACGGUUCGACCAGUAACAGGCGACGAGAAGACGAAUAGUCUGACGACAGAUAAAGCUAGUACUACAAACGGUCACGAACAGAAGUCAGAUCUCGUCAAAGUCGAUCCAAAGCUGUUGGAAAAAGUCAUCAGAUCAGCUUGCGAACGGGCGAUCGCCGCCGAGCCGAACUUGACCAAAUGGGACAUGGUGAUGGGCGACGGCGAUUGUGGUGAAGCGGUCAAGGGCCUGUGCGAGUCACUGCUGCGCAAUCUUGACAACGGUUCAGCGGCUAGCGGUUCCGUCUUCGCCUUUUUGGAAUCGACGAUCGAAGCUGUCGACGAUAUGGGGGGAACUCUCGGGGCCAUUCUUGGAAUCCUUCUUUCCGCCUUCUCCUCGUCACUUCGAUCCGAAGCGCAAGCUAACUCCGCAUCCACGACAUCAUUCUCACCGAUGUUGUAUGCCUCGUCUCUAGCUUCAGCGGUGGAGUCUCUCAAGUCUCAUACUCCGGCACGGGAAGGUGACCGGACCGUUAUGGAUGUGCUGCUUCCGUUCUCGGAAGCCUUUGUCAAGUCAGGAGACUUUGGUGCUGCUGUCAAGGUCGCUGCUGAGAAGGCCGAGGCCACCCGGUAUUUGAAGGCAAGAUUUGGCAGGGCGACGUAUGUCGGAGACGCGGCGGGACAAGACCUGCCCGACCCUGGCGCUUGGGCGUUGUAUGAGUUCCUGUUUGGAAUGACAGAAGCUUAG